UAUGCAUUCAACGGCUGUCUUCCUCCUUGCAGGGACUUCCACGGAUACCUUUGCUAGUACCGACAGCAGUCAUUGCCAUACCACGGAAUAAUGCUCAGAUUAGCCGUACUGCUGUUCGGAGUGCUCGCACUUGGCGCCUAUGCAGUACCAGCAUACUAUGGGGGCGGGUCUAGUUCCGGGAAAGGAUCCACAGGUAAUUUCGGUAAUGGUGGCAGCGGAGGCGGCGACAGAGGAGCACUGAACACAGGAAACGGAGCGAGCGGAAACAACGGAAUGUUUGGAGGUAAUGCCGUCGUCCCGAUGAGUCCAUACUUCCCUGCUUUGUCAGGAAACAGCGGCACUGGUGCGGCCGCUAACUCAAACAGCGGAAUGAUGGUCGUCUUUAACGACGCCGCCGGAGGCGGCCUUCCCUCCUUCAGAAGCGGCUUCCCUGGUGGCUUAGGGGGAAAAGGAAGUCGCAACAUCAUGGCCUUUGGUAACGGAAACGGUGGUAACAUGGUUAACCCACAAUCUGGCGGAAUGUCUGGUAUCUCGGUUGGAAUGGGAGAAGGGUUUAAUGGAUUCAACAACAAUAACAAUAACAACAACAUGGAUGCCACUUCAAAUGGACUUUUUAACGCAAUGUCUAUGUCAAAUGGUUUUAACGUUCCAUCAGGAAAAGGCUCUAUUUUGGGCGCUAACUUCAACGCCGGUAUGGGAGCAUCGACAGCCAACAUGAUGGCUGCCAUCAACACCGCAAACGCAAACGCUGCCAUGAAUACAAACGCCAUGAAUGCCGUCAAAUCCAAUAUGAUGGACGCCAUGAAUGCCGCUAACGCCAACGCCGUCAUGAACGCUAACGCCGCCAAUGCUGCUAGCACCGAUAUUAUGGCCUCCAUGAACGCCGCUAACGCUAACGCCAACAGGAUGGCCGCUUUUGAUGCCGCAAACGCCAACGUCGCUAAUGCCGAAAUGAUGGCCGCCAUUAACGCCGCUAAUACAAACGCCGCAAACGCCGCCGGCAUGAGAAUGAGCACUGACAACAGCCUAGCUAGCAUGAAAAUGCUAAAUAUGAAUUUGAAUGGAGCCGGGAAUGCAGGAUUAUUCACUGAUCUCACGAACAUAAACAACAACAACAUCAACAACAAUGGCUUUAGCAACAACAACAUUAACAACAACAACAACAACAACGGCUUUGGAAACACGAACUUAGCCUCUCUUGGGUUAGGUAUGGAUACAAACGCGAAUGCAGCGGGUGCUAGCAACGGCUUCGGUGGAAGCAAUUUCGGUAUGGGAGGCGCUACACUAAAAGGAUCUGAUGCAGGAACCAUGAUGCCCGUUCUUAUUGCCAAUAUGAUGACCGGAAACAACGGAGGUAUGGGCAACGCUCUGGCCGGAAAUGGAAUGAAUAUGGACAACGGAGGAAAUGGAGCAAAUUUUAUGAACGGAAAUGGAGGACCCGCUGACGGAAGCAUGGCUGGAAAUGGUAUCAAUAUGGCCAAUGCAGGAGUUGGAAUGGGUUUCAAUGGAGCCAUGCCUGAUGCAAUUGCCGGAAACGGUGUAAACAUGGGUAACAUGGUUAAUGACGCCGCUGCUGGCAGUGGAUCGAUCUCUACUGGAACUCUGAAGGGGCUUACUCCAAUUGGAAACGGCUGCUACAUUGAUAAAGCCGGAAAUAUCAUCCGUUUGCAAGGAGCCGGCACAAACCAGAAUGGCGCUGGAAGAGGCAAUAAAGCAUACUAUUAAGCCAGUUGCCAUGUUGAGAAUCUCUUCAUCGUACAUGAGAGAACAUGUUCGCUUGAACUCGCUACUUCCGGUUGACACGACAGCUUCUAUGAACGUCCGUCGCGGACACUGAUGAUUGAAUGUCCUAUCUGCAUGAUUGUGUUUCAAAGAAUAUAUGUAUUUUGUUCAUAUUUUUUUGGUUAAUAAAUGUGCUUCAUUUCGCUG